AUGUCCAACUAUGAUCAAGUGUCUCAAAAUCUUCAUGUUGAUGAAGAUAUAAGAGAUGUACAUGCUUUGACUCCACCAUAUUACGCGCCUUCCAUGACUACUAGUGAUCGGGCCUCACGUGGAGAUUUUUCAAAUAUGAGUGUCACUAAUAGUACAUUAGUGCUAGCAGGAUCACCGAGAACAAGCACCACAGCUGAAAACGACGCUGAUAGCAACUGGGGUCUUGGAAUGCAUCCUUCCUUAUCUCCUACACGAGAAGAUAGUCGUUCUGUUGUCAUUAAUGGUGGCAGGGAGGUGGCGCCUUCGGUGAGAAGCUAUAAGAAGGAAGAAGUAGAAUCCAAGAUAAUGGCUUGGAAGAAUGCAAAGGUCGCUGAGAUCAACAAUCGUUUUAAGUGUGAAGAUGCAAUAAUUAAUGGUUGGGAGAGCGAGCAGGCUCAAAAAUCCUCUUUAAAGAUGAAGAAAAUGGAGAGAAAGUUGGAAGAGAAACGAGUACGAGCAAUGGAAAAGAUGGAGAACGAGAUAGCAAAAGCGCAUCAAAAAGCCGAAGAAAGAAGAGCAUCAGCAGAGGCCAAGAGGGGCACCAAAGUUGCUAGAGUUCUUGAAGUAGCUAACUUGAUGAAAGCUGUUGGAAGGGCUCCUGUUAAGAACUCAUUUUUUUAA